CAAAAAUUUGUUAACCAACUUCCACUGGGCACAAUUGCCGUUGACAUUGGUUGUGGUGAAGCAAAGUACUACAGAAGCGAUUGCUUCUUUAUGGAUUGCGAUACAUGUUUAGAAAUGCUUGCACAGCUGCGAUUACCACCAUUGGUUGACCUGCAGUUAGCUGAUGCUCUAAAUUUACCGUAUAGGUCAAACAGUAUUGAUGCUGCCUUGUUAGUAUCCGUUUUACAUCAUUUUGCAACUGUCGAUCGGAGAAAACGAGCGCUGGCUGAAGUUGCACGAUGCUUACGACCUCG